UUUCUUUUCCAUCGGACGAUGUGGCCCUUUUUCUUCUCUCUCUCUCUCUGCAGAUUUCGCUCCAUCUGUCUUCUACCGACAUAUCGGUCCCGAAUUCUACGAACCGUAUCGGUUCCAAUAAAUCUCAUCUCCACCGUCCGUUCCUCUCCCAAAACCAAGCUGUUGAAGCUUAGGAACCAUGGGGGAUGCAGUAGAUUUAACUGGGGAUGGAGGUGUAAUCAAGACAAUUGUAAGGCAAGCCAAGUCUGAUGCCGCUGCACCAACAGAGAACCUUCCCCUUGUCGAUGUUCAUUAUGAAGGUGUUCUUGCUGAAACUGGUGAAGUUUUCGACACUACCCAUGAAGACAACACAGUAUUCUCUUUUGAGGUCGGAAAGGGUGCUGUAAUCAAGGCUUGGGACAUUGCCUUGAAAACCAUGAGGGUUGGUGAAGUUGCAAAAAUCACGUGCGAGCCGGACUAUGCUUAUGGGAGUGCUGGUUCCCCACCAGAUAUCCCACCAAAUGCGACUCUUAUUUUUGAAGUGGAGCUGGUAGCAUGUAGACCUCGGAAAGGUUCAAGUCUUGAGAGUGUUUCUGAUGAAAAGGCUAGGCUAGAGGAACUUAAGAAGCAAAGGGAGAUAGCUGCAGCAGCUAAAGAGGAAGAAAAGAAGAAGAGAGAAGAAGCAAAAGCCGCCGCUGCCGCUCGCAUACAAGCUAAAUUGGAUUCUAAGAAAGGUCAUGGAAAGGGCAAAGCGAAAGGUAAAUAGACAAACCCACUACUGCUUACUAGAUAAUCACAGUUCUUAGGAUAAUCAUAAGGCAACUCUCUCUCUCUCUCUCUCUCUCUCUCUCUCUCUCUCUCAUCAGGCGUACUGUUAGAAUACAAAGAAUCCAUAAACUAUGUUAACUUAUCCUAUGGAAUUAGUGUGUAUAUACAUUACACUAUCAACAACACUCCUACAGGAGCAAUGACUUAUACCAAACUGUGUUUGUCUUAGUUGCA